UACAUUCUAUUAUAGCUUGAAUCGUUUCAAUAAGAGAAAAGAAAAAAAUAUUUGUGAAAAUAAAGAAUUUUUUUUGUAUGAGAAAAAAAUACAAAAAUGAAUAAUCGAAUUUUAACAAUUUUCCUAUUCAUUUUUAUUCUAACAAUGAUAGAAAUUUCUCACUCUCAUGUAAGUGAUUGCGAUUUACCGAUAGAUCCGGGACCAUGUCGACGUUAUAGAACUCGAUAUGCAUACAGUAAUAUCGAUAGAAAAUGUGUGAGUUUUGUAUACGGAGGAUGCUUAGGAAAUGCAAAUAAUUUCGAAACAAUGGAAGCAUGUAAACUAAAAUGUACGAGGGGUUGAAAACCUGUUAAACAUGCAUUUUUGAUAUUUAAUAUUUUGAACAAGACUGAAAUUUUAAACAAGAUUUUUUAGUAAUAUGUUUUCGAAAAUUUUCUUCCUGCUCUUUCGAAAUGGUGGAAAAUUUUUUUACUAAAAAUGGAAAAUUUACUCCUUUUUUAAAAUCAAAAAUAUUUUUUAAUUCUUUUUUAAAAAAAGGAUUCUUUUUUACCCCUUAAAAUGUAUCUGACAAUGUAUACUUUUAAUAUACAAAUUAACCCUUCGAGGACAAGUAUUGCUUUCAAGCAUAACUUUCUUGAUUUUUAAAACUGGAAUAUUGAAACGAUAUUUUUCAUUUAAUCUAGUAAAUUUCUAAUUUCAAACUUUGAUUUAAAAACACUUGUUUAAAAAUA